CGCCGCGGGAUACAAGAUGAGCGGCAGGCUGUCUGAGCCCUGCCAGAGCGCAACUUGGGCCGCUCCCAAGCGGCCUGGCGGGCGUCUCCGCUGGACAGCGCUCGUCAAGAGCACUAACACGAUACGAACGUCGACUCCAAGAGCGCUGGACGCUCUGGCGCGCGCCGUACGCGUCGGCAGCCUUGGCAGAGCACUCGAGCACUUUGUGGCAAACGCGACGCUGCCGGCGGACUCAGACCAUCUCGGCUCCGUACGCCGUCGCAGCGAUCCCCCUGUGACUCAUGCGCGCGCUGAGCCUCCUCCUCUGCACCGCAAGCAGCGCUUUACGGGACGGCUGGGUCGUCGGCGACGUGGUGCUGGGCCCGAGGAGAGCAGCGAGAACGCGGGCGCUGCGGGACGCGAGUUUACAGAGGACGCGCGAGCGGCUCGAGGCGCGCUGGAAGGCGCUGGACGACGAGGUCGAUCAUUUACGAGAGCACCGGCGGACGAUCUUUAACGAUGAAUUAAAGUUCAAGCGGCUGAAGCGCGAAAAACUACAAGUCAAGGACAUGCUCGCGGCGCUCGCGCGGCGGGCGCCGCCUCCGUCCAUAGUGCUCGGCGCGGGCGCGUGCGGCACCGUUUAUAGCGCAAUACACGAAAAGACGAAGGAGCCCGCGGCUUGUAAAAUAGCGCGGACCGGGGAAGGGCGAAGAUCCCUGAAGACGGAGUACGAGUUUCUGAGGAGGGCGCGAAAAACGUGCGGAUUGACGGUCGUGGAGGCCCUCGCGCUGCUGGACAAUAUCCCAUCACCCGAGGAUGGUGGGGAGGGUUCCGCGCUGCUCAUGGCGCGCCUCGGCCCGUCGAUCGACGACCUCUUCUGGGCGACGACCUGCGGCGCCGGCUUCUCGGGGGAGACCGUAUUACAUAUAGCGCGGAGCAUGCUCAGUGCGCUCGCGGGCCUCGCACGAGCUGAUCUGGUCCACGGCGACUGCAAGCCGUCGAACUUCCUGGUCUCGGACAAGGAUGAAAUCAUCCUGACGGACUUCGGGACGUGCCGCGAGCGUAAUGCACCUGCGGACGACGCGGCCGUCGUCGGCACGCCGCGCUUCGCUUCAUCAAAUGCGUUACGAGGCGAGGCGCCGUCAUCAAGCGACGACCUGGAGGCCUGCGCCUACGCCCUCGCCUACCUACUCACAGGCCGGCUGCCCUUCGCGGCCGACUACGACGACCGCACCACGCUCAAAGCCUCGUCCGACUCGGCGCUCGCGGACGCGAAGGACGCCGUCGCUCCCGACCUGUUGUGCGCGUCGUCUCGUAAAGGCGAGGCACCCUUCGACGCGGCGGCGAGUGUGUGUGCCGCGUUCCUGCGCGAGGCGCGGCUGGCGCGGACUCAGGGCCGCGACCCGGACUACCACGCGCUCGUACCAUUUUCAAAGCCUUGCGAGCCGGACUGGCGCGCGGCGGGGGUGUCGUGGGACGACUCCGGGGCGAUCCACCUGGCGGACUAUGACUCGUGUACGACGUAACUAUUACGUAACUUGUUUCUUGUAUAA